UUUAUCCCGAACUUGCAAGGUUCUUGCGAGUUCGGGCCUAUAUCAAUACUUCUAUCACCUUACCUCUUUCCCCUUUUCCCUCUCUCUCUACUCAAACUCUCUUACAAAAAAUUUCUCUCUCCUCUCUCUUUCAUUCUUCUUUGUCAAGUUAAUAAUAACAUUAUGAACCACAAAAAUCAAACCCUAUUCGCGGGUAAUAAUAAUCCCAUGAAGCGCAGUCCAUCUGAGGCUGCGCUUCAUGCCCUAGUCAACAAUGAUCCAACAAACAUCGAUAUCGAUCAUCAUCACCAUAACAACCAUCCCAUGUUCUAUGAUCAUCACCAUCACACCGCGGCUGAAUUUGUUGAUCCAACGGCCGUAGUUGUUCCUCAUCAUAAUCAUCAUCAUCAUAAUCUUGCUGAUGAUUUUGGAUUUAAGACUAAUAAUGUUAAUCAUCAGCAGGACAUUAUCAAUAGCUUUGCAACUGGAGGAGGAUUUGAUCAGCAAACAAUCUCAUGGUAUCAGAACUUCACCCCGCAACAACCCUGUCUCUCUGCGACGAUUGAUUCGCAAUCAUCCAUCUGUGCUGGAAGUCCAACCUCAAUUCUUAUUAAGCCGAAAACAGGAGAUAAUCAAGGAAGUGGUUCCUCAGAAGAUGAUGAAGAAGAGACAGAGGCCGGUCAAUGUGAACAGAGCGGCGAUGAUGGUGUUGAUGUAAAACGCCAACGAAGGAUGGUUUCAAAUAGGGAGUCUGCUCGUCGUUCUAGAAGAAGGAAGCAAGCACAUCAACAGGAGUUGGAAGUUCAGGUUGAACAACUUGGUUUAGAGAACACUACGCUCUUCAAGCAGCUGAACGAGGCAGCACAGCAGCUCAGGGAAGCCACCACAAACAACCGAGUGCUUAAGUCAGAUGUCGAAGCUCUGAGAGCCAAGGUGAAAUUAGCUGAGGACAGGGUUACUCGAGGCACUCUGAAUCAGCUUCUUCAGAGUACUAAUUUGGGAUCACCUUCACCUCAAAUGGCAGGCAGCACCCAAAACAUAUCAUGUGUCACGAAUGUCACCCCAGCAAUCAUGGUGCAAGGACAAGACUCGUCUUUUGAAGGGGCGUUUUCGUGGCAGAAUUCCAAUGAUCAUGUGUUGCAUGGAAGUGCUAGUAGUGGCCUAAUGAGUGACAGUACAGUUAGCUGUGGCGGUACUAGCUGUGUGACAGGAAUUUGGCGCUGAGAGUCGGGGUUUCGAGUGUAUUAUGUAAGUACUCCUAGAUGGUUUUUGUGUUCUAGGAAGGUGAUAGAAAGAGGGAAGUAUGAAGGGUUGAAUAAUAAUAAUAAUAAUAAGUCUUGUAAGUUAUUAAAGCUAGUUGUAUGUGUUUGUUACUGCUGCUAUUGUUGUACCUUGUAAGUUACCUAGCUAUUUUCUGUUAUAUUGUGUACGAGAGUCAAUGUAUUAAUGGAUCACUUGGCUGGUUAACCUGGUUUUAUAUA